AUGUCUGCUAACAAGGAGCGGAAGAUUGGCGUUAUCAUGAACGGCGUGACUGGUCGCAUGGGCACAAAUCAACAUCUUGUCCGCUCGAUUGUCGCCAUACGGUCGCAAGGAGGCCUUAGGCUGAAGGACGGGACCGUCGUGAUCCCAGAGCCAGUCUUGGUAGGUCGGAACUUGGAUAAACUUCAACAGCUCGCAAAAGAUCAAGGACUGCAGCACAUUACUACCGACCUUGAAGCAGAACUCCAGCGCCCGGAGAAUCUGAUUUAUUUUGACGCCCAGACGACUGGGAGACGGGCUGAUGCGGUCAAGAAGGCGGUGGCUGCUGGCAAGAAUAUCUACUGUGAGAAACCAACUGCGGUGUCAGCAGAACAGGCAUAUGAUUUAUACAAAGUCGCCCGAGAUGCAGGAAUCAAGCACGGAGUGGUUCAGGACAAGCUUUUCCUGCCGGGGCUCUUGAAGUUGAAAGGGCUCAUUGACAGUGGCUUCUUUGGGCGAAUCCUCUCAGUCCGCGGAGAAUUUGGAUACUGGGUGUUUGAUGGCCUGGGACCAGCAACGCCGCAGCGGCCAAGCUGGAACUUCCGCAAAGAGGAUGACGGAGGAAUUAUCAGCGAUAUGCUUUGCCACUGGGAAUACGUAAUCGGGAACCUGUUUGGCGAGAUUAAGUCGGUGUCGUGUUUGGGAGCAACUCACAUAACAGAACGAGUCGACGAGCAAGGGAAGACAUACAAGUGCACGGCUGAUGACUCAGCAUAUGCUACUUUCGAAUUGAAGAACGGAGUGAUCGUGCACUUCAACUCGUCUUGGGCAGUCCGUGUGAGACGGGACGACUUGCUCACGAUUCAAGUUGACGGAACACGAGGCUCUGCAGUGGCCGGUUUGAGGGAUUGUCUUGUUCAACAGGACAGCGUUACACCGCGGCCUGUAUGGAACCCAGACAUCGGGAGCAACAUCAAGUACUCGGAUGGUUGGACAAAAGUGCCUGAUUAUCAGGUCUUUGAGAAUGCCUUUAAGGCCCAAUGGGAGCAGUUCUUGCGCCAUGUAUUGGAGGAUGGCCCUUGGGAUCACGACUUACUCAAAGGAGCGAGAGGCUGCUUAUUGACAUCGACGGCGAUUGAAAGCGGGAAUCAGCGGCGAUGGCUCGACAUACCAGAAAUGCUUGAGUGA